AUGAACUGGAUCAGACAGGCUCCUGGAAAAGGACUGGAGUGGAUUGCUUUUAUACACACGGGCAGUUCUCAUAUCUAUUACUCCCAGUCAGUCCAGGGUAGAUUCACCAUCUCCAGAGAUGACUCCAGCAAUGUGAAGUGUCAACAGUUGACACAGCCAGCCUCAGUGACUGUGCAACCAGGUCAACCUCUGACCAUCACCUGUCAGGUCUCUUAUUCUCUUAGCAGCUAUUACACAGCUUGGAUCAGACAGCUUGCAGGGAAAGGACUGGAGUGGAUUGGAAUGAGAUUUACUGGAGGUUCAUACUACAAAGAUUCACUAAAGAACAAGUUCAGUAUCGACUUAGACUCUUCCAGCAAAACAGUGACUCUAAACGGACAGAAUGUGCAGCCUGAAGACACUGCUGUGUAUUACUGUGCCAGAGACCCACAAGCAGGUGUUGAUGGUCAGACUCUGACAGAAUCUGAACCAGCAGUUAAAAAGCCUGGAGAAUCCCACAAACUGACCUGCACAACAUCUGGAUUGUCAUUCAGUAGCCACAACAUGGCCUGGAUCAGACAGGCCCCUGGAAAAGGACUGGAGUGGGUUGCUAUUGAUAUUGGUAGUAACCAAUACUACUCUCAGUCAGUUCAAGGCCGGUUCACCAUCUCCAGAGACAACAGCAGAGAGCAGCUGUAUCUGCAGAUGAACAGUCUGAAGACUGAAGAUUCUGCUGUUUAUUAUUGUGCUCGAGACUCACAGUGA